CGGGAGCGGUGGUGAGAGCUGGGGCUGCACUGAAACCAGAGCCCAGGAGGCAUCGUUUACAUGACUUUUGGGCUUUCUUUCUUUCUUUCUUUUCUUUCUUUUCUUUCUUUUCUUUCUUUCUUAUUGUGGCAAAAUGUACCACCUUAACCAUCUUUAAGUACACAGUUCAGCGGCAUAGAACACGCUCAUGCUGUUGUGCGACCACCCCCAGCACUGUCUGCAGAACCUUCUGUCUCCCCACACGGAGACCCCGUCCCCAGGAAGCACUGACCCCCGCCCCCUGCCCCACCCCUGGCUCCCACCACCUCCUCUGUCUCUGUGGACGGGCCUCCUAUGGGGACUUCCUGGGAGUGGGGUCCUGCGGGAGGCGUCCUUCUGGGUCUGGGUCCUCUCCCUGAGCCCGGUGUCCUCGGGUCCGCCCACGCGGGGGCAGGUGUCGGGAUCCCUUCCUUUCUAGGGCUGGAUCAUAUUCCGGACAUGGAUGGACCGCAUUGUGUUUAUCCUUUCAUCCAUCGAUGGAUGCUUGUGUUGAUUCCCCAUUUUAGCGAUUAUCUUCGACCCGCCUGAGGAGUUGGAGCGCAAGGUGUGGGAGCUGGCACAGUUGGUCUGGCAGUCCUCCAACGUGGUGUUCCACACAGGUGCUGGCAUCAGCACCGCCUCGGGCAUCCCAGACUUCAGGGGCCCCCAUGGCGUCUGGACGAUGGAGGAGCGGGGCCUGGCCCCCAAAUUCGACACCACCUUUGAGAGCGCGCGGCCCACGCAGACCCACAUGGCACUGGUGCAGCUGGAGCGCGUGGGCCUCCUCCGCUUCCUGGUCAGCCAGAAUGUGGAUGGGCUGCAUGUGCGCUCCGGUUUCCCCAGGGACAAGCUGGCGGAGCUCCACGGAAACAUGUUCGUAGAGGAAUGUGUCAAGUGUAAGACGCAGUACGUCCGGGACACCGUAGUGGGCAGCAUGGGCCUCAGGGCCACAGGCCGGCUCUGCACUGUGGCCAAAGCGAGGGGGCUGCGGGCCUGCAGGGGGGAGCUGAGGGAUACCAUCCUGGACUGGGAGGACGCCCUGCCUGACCGGGACCUCACUCUUGCCGACGAGGCCAGCAGGAACGCAGACCUGUCCAUCACGCUGGGCACCUCCCUGCAAAUCCGGCCCAGCGGGAACCUGCCACUCGCCACUAAGCGCCGAGGAGGCCGACUGGUCAUUGUCAACCUUCAGCCCACAAAGCACGACCGCCAUGCCGACCUGCGCAUCCACGGCUAUGUGGAUGAGGUCAUGACCAGGCUUAUGAAGCACCUGGGCCUGGAGAUCCCUGCCUGGGACGGUCCCCGCGUGCUGGAGAGAGCGCUGCCACCCCUGCCCCGCCCACCCGCACCCAAGCCCGAGCCCAAGGAGGAGGCGCCCGCCCAGCUCAAUGGCCCAGCACCCGCCAGUCCCAAGCAGGAGCCCUCCACAGAGCCCUGCACCCAGCACAAUGGCUCUGGGCCCGGCAGCCCCAAGAGGGAGCGGCUGGACAGUCCUGUACCACACAGGCCCCCCAAAAGGGUGAAGGCCGAGGUGGCCCCCAGCUGACCAGGGAGCCCGGGGAGGGUGGGGCUUUUUGUAGAAACCGUGGAUUCAUCUUUUCUUAUUGGUCUCACUUUGUUACUCGUACCUGCCCUUGAGGGUGGGAGAGGGUGACCUCAGGGUGCUGAUUGCUGGGCUCCAGGCCCCGGGGCAGGCUCACUCUCCACUGCCUCUCUCUUUAGCUCUAGGGGCCUCUGGUGUGGGCCUGGGGAGGAGCGUUUUCACCCUGGAAGCUGACCUUGGACCUGACACCCCAGGCACCUGCUCCUCCCCGUGCCCCAGUCCCUGACUCAGGGUGUUCUGGGGAGGUGUGGCCAGGCCCUCCCUAGUUUCCAGUCUAAACAGGAGUUGACGUUCUCUGCCCCCCCCCCGGGCUCUCACACUCCCCAGCCUCUGCCUCCCCCAAAUCGCCUUCACAGUCCCUCUAGGAGGCAAGCUGGGGCAGAGCCACCAUUACGAAGCCAGACUUUGUGUGGCACAGACAGUGGUUGGUUUGCACUGCCUUUGGAGCUAGAGGGAGAAACAGGUGUGUCCACCUGCCUUCCUCCAGACUUCCAGAGAAGUCUUCAAUGCAAUAAAAGCAGAGAUUCUUGCAUCUGA